UGGGAGAACAGCUUCUCAAUCAGAAUCAGUACUCGCAUUCAUUAUUCAGUAUCGACAGUAUCGUAUUAGAGCAAAAUUGUAGUUUUAAACAAAAAUAAACUAUGGACGGAACAAAGCGUAGAAAGGCACUUCAAAAACCAAUUUACAAUUUCCAAAAAAGAGCGCGCAUCACAAACAAUGGCUACCUAAACUUCUUAAUGGAGUACAAAAAGACGUUCUGCGGAGUUUCCCCAAAUGACAUGGUACGUUUCGGAGCCAAGCAGUGGAAUCAGUUGACCCUCAAGGAAAAGGAUUUCUUUAAAAAUAUGGGUGCAAAAAGUGCACCUCAGGAGUUUGAGAAUCAGUCCUAUGGGGAAAACCCCGGCAAAUCUGAGCGGGAGAAACGCAGUCCAGUUCGCUCUCCUUUUGCCAGUGAGAGGGAUUCCAGGAACCAGAAGGAAAGGAAGCCAUCCAAAUCAAUCAAGAAGAAUCCCAGUCCUGUGCCAAAGACUCUUGACACAAAUCGCUUGGGCUCCGCCGUAGCCUAUAUUCAUUUCAUUCGCAAGUUUCAGAGGAAGAACAAAGAUUUGGCGGCAGAUGAUCUAUUGAAAAAGGCAACUCGUUUUUGGUGCCGUCUGCGUGGAAGCCAGCGCGAACAAUUUGAGAAGCCACUUUGGAUUGUGAGAACUGGAUAAGAGACACUUAAAUUUGAGCCAUAUUAAUAUGUCAAAAUUUGAAGCGCAAAAUAUUUAAGACAUGAUGUUUUGUAAGCCUAAUUUUAGUUAUCUGUUAUCUUUUAUCUGAUCAACCGGCUGCAAAAACGGUUUACAUAUAAAUCCCAAGCCCGAAGUCCGAAACCCUUGCAGCUUAAGCCAUGUAAAGCACUUCAAUUCGAGCCAAAAACGGCAUUUUU